AUGGUAAGCAUAAUUCUCAUUUGCUUCAUUUUGUUUCUUUUGGGUGUGCAGUUCCUGAAAUUGCAAUGGAAAAGUCGUGGGUUUCCUCCUGGACCAACCCCAUUUCCCAUCGUUGGAAGCCUGUGGUGGAUAAAUUUUAGAGCUGAUCAUGGGAGUCUGAAAAAGUUGGCAAAAACCUAUGGCAACAUCUGUACCCUGUGGAUGGGUCACAAACCUGUGGUGGUGCUGUAUGGAUUCCAAGCCGUGAAGAAUGGUCUCACCACCAAAUCAGAGGAUGUUUCUGGGCGACUACAGACCUAUGUCUUCAACAAAAUGGCAAAUGGAAAGGGUAUCCUGGUCUCAAAUGGUCUCAUCUGGAAACGCCAGAGACAUUUCGGAAUUGGAACUCUCCGAAAACUGGGAAUGGGGAAUAAAGGAAUGGAGCGUGGGAUACAAACUGAAGCCCAUUAUCUGGUUGAGUUCUUCAGGGACAAAGAUGGAAGAGCUGUCGACCCUUCCUUCCCCAUUGUUCAUGCUGUCUCCAAUGUCAUCUGUGCUGUGGUGUUUGGACGCCGUUUCUUCCUGGAGGAUGAAACCUUCUGCCAGCUGCUGGAAGCAUUCAGUUGCGUGGUGGCUUUUGGGAACAGCCAUUUUUACUAUGUGUGUGAGACUUUCCCAUGGGUUGCAGAGCACCUCCCAGGACCUUCACAAAAAGCAUCCUCUUCCUGUGAGUUUGUUCGAUGUUUCAUAAGGGACGAAAUCAAAAGGCACAGGGAAAGAGGCAUGAUAGCUGAACCAGAAGAUUUCAUUGCCUUUUACCUGGAUCAGAUUGAGAAAACUAAAAAUAUCCCCAAUUCUACAUUUGAUGAAGACAACAUGGUGCAGUCUGUUUUUGACCUUUUCCUCAGUGGCUCAGAGACCACUGCUACCAGUCUGCGUUGGGCUCUGCUCUAUAUGGUCGCUUACCCUGAUGUUCAAGAAAAAGUCCAGAAAGAGCUUGACUCUGUUCUGAGUCCCUCUCACGGCACUAUAAUUAUGGCAAACAUAGACUCAACUCUUUUUGACCCUGAAUACUGGGAGACCCCUCACCAGUUCAACCCUGGUCAUUUCUUGGACAAGGAUGGAAAUUUUGUGACCCGGGAGGCCGCCUUAGCCUUCUCAGCAGCUGUUGGUGUUCAUCCCUCUCAGAUGGUAUCUAAAAAGCUGUACUUUCCAAGCAUCACUCCUCAGGGCAGGGUGGCAGGCAGAAGCAGAAUGUUAACAGUAAGUGGGGUGCUGGUAUUUUUUGUGGUGUCCCUGCUGUUUAUGCAGCUUCUGAAAUUGCAACGGAUGCGAAGACGAUAUCCUCCUGGACCAACUCCAUACCCCUUCUUUGGAAAUCUGCUGCAGAUGAACUUCAAAAUUCAUCAUGAGGUGCUUAAAAAAAUGGCCAAAAUUCAUGGUAAUGUCUUCACCUUAUGGAUUUCAAACAGUCCUGUAGUUGUCCUCCAGGGGUUCCAGGCAGUGAAGGAAGGUCUAACUGUCCAUGCUGAAGAUGUUUCUGGAAGGCCAACAAACAAUAUCUUUUGUCUUAUCAGCCAUGGUGAUUAUUUUCACUAUUUUUAUGGUGUUAUGUUCUCUAAUGGUCAUCUCUGGAAGCAACAGAGGCGGUUUGGACUUGCAACACUGAGGAAGAUGGGAGUGGGGAAAAAAGACCAGGAGUAUCGACUACAAGAGGAAGCCUGUCACCUGGUGGAGUACUUACAGAAAACAAAUGGAAAACCUCUGGGCACCACAGUACCUGUUGUUUGUGCUGUCUCAAAUGUCAUUUCUUCUGUGAUUUUUGGACAUUGCUUCUCUGAAGAUGAUGAAAAAUUUCACUGCUUGAUUGAAUCCUUUGAUACUAUAGCAGCAUUUAUGAACAGCAAAUCUUUUUUCGUAUAUGAAAUGUUUCCCUGGCUUGCAAACCAUCUCCUAGCAUCAUUUAAACAGACUACAGCCAGCAUAAAUUUUGUGAACACUCUAUUAACAAAGGAAGUUGAAAGCCACAAAGAAAAAAGAAAAUCCGAUGAAAAUCAAGAUUUUAUUGAUUAUUAUUUGGAUGAGAUAGAGAAGACUAAAGGAGAUGCUGAUACUCCUUACAAUGAAGAAAACUUGAUCCAGGUUAUUUUUGACCUCUUUCUGGCAGGUACAGAAACUACGGCCACCACUUUGCGUUGGGCAUUGCUCUAUAUGGUGGCUUAUCCUGCUAUUCAAGAGAAAGUCCAGAAGGAACUGGAUGCUGUUCUGGGUAGUUCCCAUUUAAUUUGCUACGAGGACAGAAAAAAGUUGCCCUAUACAAAUGCUGUAAUUCAUGAGAUCCAGCAGUACAGUAGUAUAAUUCUAAUUGCACUUCCCAGACUGAGCGUGAGGGACACAAAGCUGCUGGGAUUUCCUCUUUCAAAGAACACUGUAAUUUUAGCAAAUAUUGACUCUGUGAUGUUUGAUCCUGGAAAAUGGGAGACACCUGAUCAGUUCAACCCAGGCCACUUUCUGGAUGAAGAUGGAAACUUUGUAAACAGAGAUGUAUUCUUACCAUUUUCAAUAGGGCACCGUGUAUGUAUGGGGGAGCUGUUGGCAAGGAUGGAGAUCUUUAUUGUCUUUUCUACCCUGUUACAGGCAUUCAGGUUCACCCUUCCAGAAGGGGUGACAGAAUUCAAUACAAAGUUUGUUUUCGGGAGCACAAUGAAGCCACCUCCCUACCAGCUCUGUGCCAUUCCUGUUCUUUAA